AUGUACUUAUUUAUGUUUUAAUAUAUAUAAAAAGAAAAAGAUGCCAAUCUUACCACAUCCACCUUUUUUGUAUUCGAGUACUGUGAACAUGAUUUAGAAGGAAUGUUUUUGAGUAAAAUUCGCUUUAAUCUACCAUAGAUUAAGAGAGUUAUUCAUUCUAUUCUAAUGGGCCUUUCUGAACUUCAAAAAAAGAAUAUUAUUCAUAGGGAUAUAAAGACGGACAACAUAUUAUAUAACAAAAACAGAGAAAUCAAAGUUGCAGAUUUUGGUCUCUCUAAAGAUUUGAAUAUAAAACGCGCUCCUCUUUCUAAAAAGCUUUAAAAUAUUUUUUACAGAGCUCCUGAGUCAUUACUUGGUUCUUAACAUUACUCAUUUAAAGUUGAUAUCUGGUGUGCUGGAAUUAUUUUCUAUUAAUUACUUUUCAGAAAUUAAGAAAAUGUUACUUAUAAAGCUCUCUUCGCAGCCAACUUUGAUGAGUAACUAAAGUAAGCUAAAAAUUACUUUAGCUUGCUAGGAAAUCCAGAAAAUGAAAAUAUUUGGAGUUAAAACUCUAAGAAUGAGUUGAAAAUGAAAGAUUAUGAUGCAGUAUUGAGUUAAAUUACUCCAGAAGAAAAAGCUAAUUUCAAAAACAGAUUUAUAGAACAUUUGAAAGGAAUAAACCCAAAUGUUGAUGAUUCUGCUCUUGAUUUACUUUCUAAAAUGCUCACACUAGAUCCUUCACUUAGAUUCUCAGCUGAUGAAUGUUUACAGCAUGAGUUUUUUUAAUAGGAACCUGAAAUGGCAAGUUUUGAAGAAAUGCCAAGGAUAGAUGAAGGAUAAGAAUAUCAUUAUAUGACACAAAUAAAAGUUUAAAAUGAAAGGUAUAGAUAAAAUGUGGAGUAAUAGUAAUUUUAGCAAGCUAUUCCUAAUCAAAAUGCCAUAAUUCUACCAGUCAAUACUUAAAUUUCUCCUAUUAGAUAAGGUGGAGUUGCAGGAUAAGUUUCAGGAAAUUAGCAAUUUCAAAUGAGAAGAAGCAAAAACCAGGUUAUGCCCAACAUCAACAACAACAAUCAAAGAAAUAGUCAAAAUUAGAUGGUUAUGAAUGUCUAGGCCAAUCAAAACUUCCCUUCAAAUGGAUAAAUACCUAAUGUACAAGGAGGAGUUCCAUCUCUUCAAAAUUAGCAUUAAAAUCUCAAUCGCUUCAAUAAUUAACAGUAAAACAAAAAUUAAAAUAUGCAAUAGAAAUUUACUCAGUAGCCGCAUUUGCAGAAUCCCCUCAAUCAAUAGCUAUAAAAUCCCUAAUCUUAAAAGCAAGUUUUUCCUUAAUAAAAUGGUUAUAGAAAAUAGCUUCCCUUGAAUUAGCAACAGUAAGGUUUACACACUUAACCUUAGUAAUUUUUAUAAAACAACACAGAUAAAGAAGUACCCUUUAAAAAUUCUAACAUAGUUGGAAAUAAUUUUAAUAAAAAUUAAUAAAAAAGAAAUAAUUUAAAUUAAAACAUAAAUAAUUAAACAAAUUAAGCCCAAAGCUAAAAACAAAACAAUAAUUAAUAUAAUAGCAUGUAAUAUAAAAGCAACAACAACUAAAACAUGAUAAACAAAUAAGCUUAAUCAUAUUAAAGCUCAUCUCAAGACUAAUAAAAACAAACUUCUCUUUUCCAAAACCCUUAAAAGCAAAAUUAGCAUUAAGGAAUUAUUUCUAAUAAUUAAGAGAUGUUGAUUUCUCAAAAUUAAUAGCAAUAACAUAAAAACUCUAACUAUUAUAAAGGUGGUAAGCCAUAAUUUACAAAUUAGGUAAGCCAUCAACCAAUCUUAAACCCCCCCAAUAGCAAUAGUGAAGCAUAAACAGUUCCUUAAGUAGGUGGAUAAAAUGAAAAAAAUCUGCAAAUAGAUAAUUCAUUUUAAGAAGAUUAUUAAUAAAAUUGUACUAAUUUUUCAGAAUCCACCGAAGUUAGCAACUAAGAGAACACAAUUAAUUUUAAAAACUCUUAAUUUUCAAAUUAAAACAUUUCAAACAAAAAUGAUUCAUAAUAAAUUUUGUGUGGUUAAAUCCCUACAUAAAAAAAUUCAAAUUCCUUCACCAAUUUACCUGCAGAUUCUUAAGGAAAUAGAGUUGGUGGAAAUAAAAGAUUUUAGGAUUCGACUAGCAAUAUAAAUUGCCAUAAAAGGAAAUUAAGUUUGUAGGAAUCAUAAGAAAAUAUCAUUAACCAAAGCUCUUCGAUUUAUGGUAAUUAGUACCAAGCAGAAUAGUAAGUGAGUGAAGAAACUCGCAAAAAGCAAAAGUUAAAUAUAACUGUAAAUACAAAUCUUGCAAACAAAACUGAAGCUUCCCCUAAUUAAACUGCAUUAUCACAACCGAAAAACUCAUUUAAUAGCUUAUAAAAUAAUCAACUUGAUAGUACUUCAGCUACUCCUACCCAAUUAUUACACUCUUAGCAAGUGGUCAGUCCUAUUUUAAGCGCUGGACGUCCAUAUGCUGCUUCUUUUGACUUACUAAAAGGGAGCUCAUAUAUUAAAGGACUUGAGUAGGAAAAAUAACAACAGCAAUUAAUUUAAAUAAAAAAUUAAUCUAACAAUAUCUCAAACCUAUAUCUCACUUCAAGUGAAAAUAAAGUACCAUCAGCAUAAUAAGGAGUAGCAGUUGUUAACACAACAGGUUUGUAAAUUCUUUAGUAAAUCGCUUAAGACUGUACUUAAAUAAGAAGAAGUUUUAAUCUUAAUGCAAGUAUUUAACCUAUGUCUUCUAUUUCUGAAAAAGAAGGAGUCAUUUCAGCUAGACUUUCAAAUUCUAAUUCAUUAACUAAUGAAAAGCCAACUAACUAAUAGUUAAUUGUGGAAUAUAAUGAAAAUGGAUUUCCAUUGACUCCUGAUUUCAGUAAGCAAGAAGAUAUUAAAUUUGGCCAAGGGAGAUAGCAAAAUCAUUCAAGUAUUGAAAAACGUCAGCAAUAAGAGGAAUUACCAAUAAAUAACUAAAGAGGAAAUCAAAAUUAAAAAAUGAGGAAGAAAGCAGGCAAGUUAAUCUAAAAAAAUCAAAAUAAAAACAAACAAUUACUAAACCAAUAUUCGCAGGCCUCUCCUCUUGAAUAAAUAAGUAAUCUAUCUGCAGCUCCUAAUUAAAUAGAAUAAGUUAUUUAAUAGCAAAAAAAUGAAGCAGCCACUUAGAGCUUAUUUUAAAAUUAAGGAGGAGUAUAGCAUUAAUCAAAUAAUUUAAAUAUUUAAAACAAAUAUGAAUAAAUGAAUGAUUUAAGCUAAUCAGUGCCAUAAAAAACCGUGUUAGCAGAUGAAGAGCUUGCAAAUACUCCUGUUUAACAAAAAUGUUCAUCAACAGCUUCCUCAACAGUUACCCAUUAAAACAAUAUGAUGCAAAUCGAAGAAAGUUAAGAUUUAAAAGCUUCAUAAAAUACGCAGUAGGAAACUGCUGAACCUAUUAUUCGAGAAAAAACCCAAGAAUUUAAUUUUGCUGAAAAUUACCCUUUAGAUUUAUAGUCUUAGGGCUAUGAAUUUAACAAUUAUUUUGGAAAAUAGGCAUCAUUUAGCUAAAAUUUUAGAUAUAACGGGUUUAUAUAAAGUCCCCCUCACUUAGAUUUUUAAGCCAACUACCUUAUUAGCCCCAAUUUAUAUUUUUAGAAUAAUGAAUAAAGUCCCUUUUUACUUCACUAAAUGACAUCUGCCUUUCCUUAGGCAUAUUAAUUAAACAAUUCAGGUGAUAGUGCUCAAAAUUGA